ACGACUGCAUAUAACAACAAGAUAGUAGCCUACUGCAGGUUUCAUUCUUCAGACCAACUAAUCACGGUAUUCAAAACCUGCGAAACCGACCAAAUCAUGAACGAACAAUCGAGCAGAACGACAGACAAUAUGUCCCUCAUGGACCUACCACUUGAAUUGUUACAAAAUAUCGUCAGCAUAGCCUUCGAUAGCGGCUCAUAUACGCCCCUGUUACGUCUUCGAGAGGUCAAUAAAUAUUUGGAUUAUGAAGUCACGAAGCAGUUCAUGCGCCGCCGCAUCGGAACCAUACGAUCACAUGAGCGCGACAAGAUACCAGCCACUUUCAAGGAGCGUUUAAUUCUCUCCUAUCUGGACGAUCGCACCACCCAGGACGACAAAUUUGUAAAGCUCAUGCAACUAGUAGCAGACGACAUGGCGAGCUUGAUCCAGCAAUUUCCAACUUUAGACACUGCGCACUUGCAAUCUCGCGCUGACAUCUUCGAAGCCAUCAGCACAGCAAUCGUAAAGUUCGGCUAUGAGAAGAAGAUCAUGACAGAAAAAGACGAGGAAGAACUUCCUGGUCGUUGCCUUCGACGACGGGAGAGCAGUGGACGGCCUUGCCUACGUCAUACGUGCAGUGCUGCUGGAUGUAAAAAGAAAUUCUGCCGACACAAACGUAGACCUUACUUCAAGCAUCAGGGUGUAACCGAAAGAGAUAUAAGACGCACGAGCUGUAUGAUCGGGGUCAUACUAGACUGGCCAGAUUAUGUCGCCGCACUGCUGAAAACGGAGAGCCUCAAGUAUACCGAAUGGGGGUCUUUGUGCUUUGGAAGGCCUCUGGCGACGGCAAUUCGAUUGUGCUGCACGAAGGUCAUGCCGCUAUUCCUGGAAAGGGGGAUGCGGAUUGCAUAUGCGAACCAGUACAGUACAUCCGUUUUGAUCGACGCAGCGGCAAAGGGAAACAUAAAUGUUUUCUUUGCACUAAUGCCUUUUGCGACGAGGAAACCAUACUGGGAUCUGCCUUGGGGUGAGAUCAUGCACGCUGCUCUUUUAGAAGAACAAGGGCGUCUGAUAAUGCUGCUGCUUGAUCGUGGUCUAGUGCAUAGACAUGGCACCUCAUUUUACGAUGUUCUGGAAGAGACGGUGUUGCUCAAAGGCACCAAAGCACUCCAGGCCGUGUUCUCAGAGGCAGAGAUGAAACCAAUCUUGCUACCGAUGGCCGGCGAACCGUUGGGUGGACCAUAUUGA